AUGUUUUUUGAAGAUCUCACGCGCGAUCUCGCGGCGGUGCUCGAACCCGCGGCGGUGGCGGUGACGACGAUCGCGGCGACGGGGCGGAAGGAUUCCGCGCUCGCGGGCGUCGACGUCGCGAUCGACGUGGACGAGCGGGCGAAGGCGUUGGACGGGCGCGUUGGACGGACGUUUGAGCUCCCGGUCGAUGGCGUGACGAUCACGGCGAAGACGAAUCAGCGGGGUGACGUGAGCGCGGACGUGGAGGCGCGCGGAUUGAUCGCGGGCUUGGACGUCGUCGCGGAAAAGUUGACGAAGGAGAUGAAUGACGCGACGUUCGGGGCGAAGUACGCGCUCGAUGCGAUCGGUAUCACGGCGGAUGGAUCGGUCGGUGGCGGUGACGCGAUCGAAGCGAGCGCGGCGUUCGCGAUCGAUGACGACACCGCGGUCGGCGCCAAGGCGACGGUGACCCCGUCCUCGGGCGGGGUGACGGAGUGGUCGCUCGCGGCGCAUCGCAGGGAUGGACCGACGACGCUCAGCGCCGCGGUCACCGACGGUGGUAACACCAUCUCCGUCGGAUGGGUCAGUGAACUCGACGCCAACACCAAAGCCGGGAUGGAGACCAAGCUGCAGACCGGCGGAGAGAGCGCCAAGCUGAGCUACUCGCUCGGCGUGGCAAAGAAGCUUCAAUCCGGCGACACGAUGCGCGUGGUGUACACCAGCCACGGUGAUACCGAUGUGACGUACACGACGGAACUCUGCGAGGGUGCGACCGCCACCGCGUGCGUUCGACUCGCCAGCAAGGGACAUCAUUACAAGACUGGCUUCGCGCUCAGCAUGGGUCAAUAA